CUGAUUCAGCUGGUAAUGCCGAAGGGCGCUAGUGCAAGUGCGCGGAAGGAGCCUGCGCCGGGGCGGGGCCUCUGGCGCGCGGGAUCCCGACCUGCCUGCUGGGGCCAAGGUGCAGCGGCGCAGGGCCCGCAGACAGACAUGGCCACCCCCAGCGACACUGAGAUCCUGAGGGAUGUGCAGGAGUACUACGGAAAGGUGCUGAAGAACUCCGCGGACCUCCAGACCAAUGCUUGUGUCACUCCAGCUGGGCCUGUGCCUGCGCACGUCCGGGAGGCCCUGCGGAAUGUGCACGAGGAAGUAGCCUUGCGGUAUUAUGGCUGUGGUCUGGUCAUCCCUGAGCGCCUGCAGAGCUGCUGGGUUUUGGAUCUGGGCAGUGGAAGUGGCCGAGACUGCUAUGCACUCAGUCAGCUGGUCGGUGAUAAGGGGCAUGUCACUGGGAUUGACAUGACUGGAGAGCAGGUGGAAAUGGCAAAAAAGUAUCUUGACUAUCACAUGGAAAAGUUUGGCUUCCAGACACCCAAUGUGAGUUUUAUUCACGGCUACAUUGAGACGCUGGCAGAAGCCGGGAUCAAGGAUGAGAGUUACGAUGUUGUGAUCUCAAACUGUGUCAUAAACCUCGUGCCUGAUAAGCAGCAAGUGCUGCGGGAGGCCUACCGAGUGCUGAAGCAUGGUGGGGAGCUCUACUUCAGUGACGUCUAUGCCAGCCUUGAACUGUCGGAGGGAGUCAGGAGUCACCGGGUUUUAUGGGGCGAGUGCCUUGGAGGUGCUUUGUACUGGAAAGAUCUUGCCAACUUUGCCCAAAAAAUUGGGUUCUACCCUCCACGUUUAGUUGCUGCCAAUAUCAUUACAGUUCAAAACAAAGACCUGGAAGGAGUGAUUGGUGACUGUCGUUUUGUUUCUGCAACAUUUCGCCUCUUCAAACUACCAAAGACAGGACCAACUGAAAGAUGCCAAGUUACUUACAGAGGAGGGAUCCCAGGACAUGAAAAGGAACUGGUAUUUGAUGCAAAUUUCACAUUUAAGAAAGGCGAAGCCCUAGAAGUGGAUGGAGAAACAGCAGUUAUCUUGAAGAAUUCACGAUUUGCUCAAGACUUUCUCUUCGAGCCUGUGGCAGAGAAGUUGUUGACCUCUGGAGCCUGUCCUGUAUUGGAACCCAAGGCUGUAAUCACAGAUCCAUUCAAGCUGGCAGAACAGUUGGCCGGUGUGAAGUCUGGCUGUGCCUCUACUGGAGGCUGCUGUGGCAAGCAGAAGAAAUGCUAACCUGGACCACGCUGGCCGGGCCAGGAGACUUCCCCACGGUGGGCCGGAGGCUGAAGGAGCAGGCACACCUGUGAGCCACACCUGCUUUUCCAUGUUGCACAAACAUGGAAGAGGCAAAAGGGAGCCCUAUGCUACAUCACAGAAAAGAAUAAGUGAAUUAUUUUUUAGAAAAUAGUAGUUAAAUAAAAGUACACAGCUAAUCACCGGGAUUGUCUGGAGGAAUUCUGUAUUGUGGUGCCAUCUAGUGGCGUAAAGUGGAAUUGAGCAGUUGUCUU